UCUGCAAACAAAAUGAAUGUACUUCAAUCAGUUAGAGGAGCACUGCGCGCAAUGAGGACAGUGGAUAGAGCAAGAAAGCCUUAUCUUUAUCUGGCAAAAAACAAAUCCACCUUCUCACUAGGUGGCAGUCGUUCCGAGUCAUCCAUGGCGAGUGCCUUUAAGAUCAAGGAGGCUCCAGGCCCUAAGACUAGCCCUGUCUGCUCUUAUAACGAGUGGGACCGAUUGGAAGAAGUCAUUGUAGGACGUAUUGACAACAGCGUUGUACCUCCGUUCAGUUCUGAAGUGAAGGUCUGCUCGCCCGAGAAACACUGGGAUUUCUUUGAGUCAAACAGUGGUAAGCCCUGGCCACGUGAGCAUCUUCUAAAGGCAAUCGCUGAGGUCGAGGAGGUAUGCAACAUCCUGACUCAAGAAGGGAUCACGGUUAGGCGACCUGACCCCAUUGACUUCGAUGUGGAGUACAACACGCCAGACUUUAAGUCUACUGGCAUGUACUGCGCCAUGCCUCGUGAUAUCCUGUUGAUUAUUGGUGACGAGAUCAUUGAGUGCCCAAUGGCAUGGCGUUCUCGCUUCUUUGAGUAUCGUUGCUAUCGUGAACUGAUCAAGGAGUAUUUCAAAGCUGGAGCUAAGUGGACCACUCCGCCAAAACCUCUCAUGUCGGAUGAGCUGUACAACGAGGAUGUUGUUAUGUUGUCAGCAGCCGAGCGGACGGAGCAGCACCGUGCAGGGCGCCAUUUCACUACCGAGUUUGAGCCGUGUUUUGACGCGGCAGACUUCAUGAGAGCUGGCAGGGAUAUCUUUGUACAGAGGAGCCAGGUGACCAAUAGAUUUGGUAUUGAGUGGAUGAGAAGCCAUCUUGGAGACGAGUACACCAUUCAUGAACUUACCUUCGAAGACCCUCGCCCCAUGCACAUCGAUGCUACCUUCUCCAUCCUUCGCCCUGGCCUCAUCCUAGUCAACCCAGAGCGUGGAUGCCAUCAGAUUGAAAUCUUCAAGAAGGCUGGAUGGGAUGUGGUUGACGCUGCCCAACCACUCAUGCCUAAGGAACAUCCAUUGUGGCUUGGAUCCCAAUGGCUCUCAAUGAACGUCCUAAUGUUAGACGAAGACCGCGUCAUGGUAGACUCCAACGAGAUACCAACCAUCAAGAUGUUCGAGAAGCUUGGGAUCAAGACCGUCAAAGCAUCCAUGAGACAUGCUAACUCCUUCGGUGGAGGCUUUCACUGCUGGACCAGUGAUAUAAGACGUCAGGGAACUCUGCAGUCUUAUUUUUAAAUGAGGGUGGUACCAUGUUUGUGUGCAUGGUGCGAUAUCGUGCAACUGUUUCGUAAAGUUUAUUAAGAUUAGAGAUUAGAAAAUAGGUGCGUGUUAAUAAUGUUCCUUAGUUUUUCAAACUGUUAAAUUUUUCCACUUUAAAAGGAAGUCUGCUGGCCAGGAAAAAAGAAAGGAAGAUUGCUAAAGGUGUGAAAUUUUGUAAACCUUUGUACUUGGCUCGGUAAAUUCUCUGCAAUGAGGUCCCCUAGCGGAGGUGGACCUGAACUUUAAAGACAAUGUGUUCAUUUGGUUUUAGAACCGUUCGAAUGUUUUAAACCCUAUAACAGGUGUCUCAAAAUAAACUAUAUACUUUUGAAAUGGCUGCCUAAUUUUCAACCCUUCACAAAAGUGAGCAGUGCUCACCCAAUCAUGAAUUACUUUCAGACUUGUUGGUGCCAUAUGAAAGUUCAGACCAUAAGCUAUUCGUACACCUAAACCUUUUCCUCCAGAAUCAUAUACUUUUUAUUCGGCAGCCAUUUCAAAAGUGUAUAGUUUUUUUUAGACAUCCGGUACAAACGUACAUACAACUAUGCCCCUAACCCAUGAAAAUUUUACUUCAAAAGGUGGUUGCGAUUUGUAGAUAUCGCUGAAAAUCCGGAGCGAAUGUCCACACAGGAAAAAAUAAAACAUAAUAGGAAUACAGAAUCUGAGAAGUGUUGAGACAGUAACGCUUCGCAAAUUAAAAUUUUAUGGCACAUAAAAAUGAUAUCGUUUUACAUAACCAAAUUACUUUGCAGUGAAAUGUUUCAUAACAAUGCUUUUGCUAUCGAAAGCUGCGUAUUGGCUUCUAAACCACUAGUUAGUAUUGCCACGAAUUUUAAGAGUGAUUACCAAACGUUCCUUUCCAAAUAAACUUCAAAGAAUUUAAAUUUUAUUUCACGAAGCAUUGUUGCAUCUUCUGUGCACACUGUGGAUUUUGUUUUCCUUGUCCUAAAAACAGUAACUGUUCUGGGGUGGAUUUCACAAAGGUAGUCCUAACUU